CGCUGGCCCGGCGAUACCUGCAGAAGGGCUACACAACUCUGAUGCUGCAGGACGGCGACUACUGCUGCUCCUACUUCCUCUGGUUCGAGAACGAGCUGGGCUACAAGCUGGAGGUGAUGGAGGUGCCCGUCCUCUCCGACGACUCCGCUCCCAUCGGGAUGCUGGCAGGAGACUACUACAGGAAGCUGCUGCGCUACUACAGCAAGAACCACCAGGCAGAGGUGGUAAAGUGCUACGAGCUGCUGACCGUGCACCUGGGCAUCAUCCCCUCCGAGCUGGUGGUCCAGCAGGCCUGCGACUUGGCCCGGCGCCUCUGGGAGCCUUCCCGCAUCCCCCUGCUCUGA